GGACCGUGCUUCGCCGCCGCCGCCGCCGCCGCGUCCACCACCAGCCCCGCCGCCGCAGCCCCAGCAUCCGCAUCCCCGCCUACGCGUCCCCCACCAGCGCCACCGCCAUGCGGGAGAUCGUGCACCUGCAGGCCGGCCAGUGCGGCAAUCAGAUCGGAGCUAAGUUUUGGGAGGUGAUCAGUGAUGAGCAUGGCAUUGACCCCACCGGCACUUACCACGGGGACAGUGACCUGCAGCUGGAGAGGAUCAACGUGUACUACAAUGAGGCCACAGGAGGAAAUUAUGUGCCCAGAGCCGUGCUGGUGGACCUGGAGCCGGGCACCAUGGACUCCGUCCGCUCCGGCCCCUUCGGCCAGAUCUUUCGGCCUGACAACUUUGUUUUCGGCCAGUCCGGAGCCGGCAACAACUGGGCCAAGGGCCACUACACAGAGGGCGCGGAGCUGGUGGACGCCGUCCUCGACGUGGUCCGGAAGGAGGCGGAGAGCUGCGACUGCCUCCAGGGCUUCCAGCUGACCCACUCGCUGGGCGGGGGCACGGGCUCGGGCAUGGGCACGCUGCUCAUCAGCAAGAUCCGGGAGGAGUUCCCGGACAGGAUCAUGAACACCUUCAGCGUGGUGCCCUCGCCCAAGGUGUCGGACACGGUGGUGGAGCCCUACAACGCCACCCUGUCCGUGCACCAGCUGGUGGAGAACACCGAUGAGACCUACUGCAUCGACAACGAGGCCCUGUACGACAUCUGCUUCCGCACCCUGAAACUCACCACCCCCACUUACGGGGACCUCAAUCACCUGGUGUCGGCCACCAUGAGCGGGGUCACCACCUGCCUGCGCUUCCCAGGCCAGCUGAACGCCGACCUGCGCAAGCUGGCCGUGAACAUGGUGCCCUUCCCUCGCCUGCACUUCUUCAUGCCCGGCUUCGCCCCGCUGACCAGCCGGGGCAGCCAGCAGUACCGGGCUCUGACGGUGCCCGAGCUCACCCAGCAGAUGUUCGACGCCAAGAACAUGAUGGCCGCCUGCGACCCCCGGCACGGCCGCUACCUGACGGUGGCCGCGGUGUUCAGGGGCCGCAUGUCCAUGAAGGAGGUGGACGAGCAGAUGCUGAGCGUGCAGAGCAAGAACAGCAGCUACUUCGUGGAGUGGAUCCCCAACAACGUGAAGACGGCCGUGUGCGACAUCCCGCCCCGCGGCCUGAAGAUGGCCGCCACCUUCAUCGGCAACAGCACGGCCAUCCAGGAGCUGUUCAAGCGCAUCUCGGAGCAGUUCACGGCCAUGUUCCGGCGCAAGGCCUUCCUGCACUGGUACACGGGCGAGGGCAUGGACGAGAUGGAGUUCACCGAGGCCGAGAGCAACAUGAACGACCUGGUGUCCGAGUACCAGCAGUACCAGGACGCCACGGCCGAGGAGGGCGAGUUCGAGGAGGAGGCCGAGGAGGAGGUGGCCUAGGGCCCUCCGGUUCAUUUCAUGUCCGCCCCCCUGCUAGGCUGCCGACCUCUGACCCCCCAGAGCCCCCCUCCCACCCCGUGAACCCCACUUCCCCUCUGGCCCUAUGACCUUCACUUCUCCUCCGACCUUGACCGACCUUUCACCCUUGAGCCCCACUUUCUCUCCAGCCCCCUUGAGCUGUUCCAACUUCCACCUCCCCGUGAACCCUGCUUCACCUCUGACCCCGCAAACCCCGCCUUUAACUCCAUGAACUCUCCCUCACCCCUGACCUCCCCAUCACCUUUGACCUGCCCCACAAACCCCAUGGCACCCGCAGGCUUAGAAGACCUAGUUUACUUUUGACCCCUCCCUCUGAGCCUCCCUUCGCCUCCAGCCUUGCCUCCCCUUUGACCCCUGGGCUCCACCUCCCCUCUGACCCCACCUUCUCCCUGGCUCGUUUGAACCCCCUGUUUCCUCCCUGAACCCACGCCCCUGAGCUCCCACCGACCUUGGCUUUCCAGGGCUGGUGGAAGGUUGCAGCUGGGAGAAAGAGAAACCCUGGAGCAUGUGGGCAGGAGAGGCCGUGCCCCCGACCCGACCCUCUCUCUUCCCCCCAUCUCACCUUCAAUAAAGAAAUUAACUGUU